AUGGAGAUGAAGCACAGAAAACAAAAGAAGGAAAAUGCUGAAGAAUCAUCAAGAAUCAAGGAAAAUGAGUUACAGUGGGGACCAGAGCAUUCCGCACGUCCGAUUGGCAAAGUGAUUAAAAUUACUAAUAAGCAAGGAAAUGAGAAAUGUCAUUACGAGAGAUUUAAAUUUCGUGGUAGAAAAUAUGGACUGAUAAGUUUUGAGGGCUCAGUGAUAUUAUUUUCAGAAGACGCAUCAAAAAAACUUUAUGUUGCAAUCAUAAAGGAUAUUUAUGUACAAGGUAAGAAAGGAUACGUGAAACUAAAAGUCCAUUGGUUUUAUCAUCUAGAAGAUGUGGAUAAAAAAUAUGUUAGAAACUGGAAAUCCAAAGACUCAAAAGACAUCUUCUACCGUUUCCAUCGCGAUGAAGUGUUUGCAGAAUCUGUGAAAGAUGAUUCUUCUGUGUAUUUUGUGCCAGAUAAUAAGCAAGUCCCAAACCAUGGCUUUAUUGUGCAAAGGGUUUAUAAUACUGAAAAUAAGAAGCUGAGGAAGUUCACUUUUGAGAGUUGGUGA